CGUAGCAUCACCGCAGUCUCACCUUCUCUUCGGGUUAGAGCAGGAUUACUCUAUGAAUAAAGGAGCAUUACCCUUUAUUAUAAUUUCUUCUACUUUGUUUAAAGAUAGGCCGCCUUCGCCUUUUAGAUAUAAACCUCCCCUGGACUUGGGUAUUAGGUAACAUUGAGAGAGAUGGCGAGCUCUACGUGUAUGUCUACGAGCUGCCUGUUGAACAAACAGACGACGCUGAAGUACUUGAGUUUGCCUCAACCGGAAAACAAAGUGCAGUGCAUGUACGUUUGGAUUGAUGGUACAGGAGAGCAGCUAAGGGCCAAAACCAGGACCAUAGAUUUCGUACCCAAAGCGGCUGAAGAUCUACCGAUAUGGAAUUUUGACGGUUCCAGCACUUACCAAGCAGAGGGUUCGAACUCGGACAUCUAUCUGCACCCUGUUGCACUCUACAAAGAUCCAUUCCGCGGCGGCAAUAACAGACUUGUACUCUGCGAAACCUACAAGUACAACCACAAGCCGACAGAAUCAAACAAGCGCAGAAGUUGCGUGGAAGUUAUGGAGAAAGCUAAGGAAGAGAAACCAUGGUUCGGUAUAGAACAAGAAUACACACUUUUAGACUGUGAUAAGCAUCCUUUUGGGUGGCCCAAGAAUGGAUUCCCUGGUCCUCAAGGUCCUUAUUAUUGUGGUGUUGGGGCGGACAAGGUGUACGGACGAGACGUUGUGGAGGCUCAUUAUCGAGCCUGCUUGUAUGCUGGCAUUCCUAUUUGUGGUACCAAUGCUGAAGUGAUGCCUGCCCAAUGGGAAUUCCAAGUAGGGCCCAGCGAAGGAGUAGCUAUCGGAGAUGAUUUAUGGAUGGCCCGGUUCAUCCUGCAGCGAGUCGCCGAGGAUUUUGGUGUUGUCGUAACUUUUGAUCCGAAGCCUAUUCCAGGAGAUUGGAAUGGAGCAGGAGCGCACACCAAUUUUAGCACAAAACGGAUGCGAGAAGACAACGGACUCAAGGAGAUUGAAAAGGCGAUUGAGCGACUUUCUAAACAUCACGAACGGCACAUUCAAGCUUAUGAUCCCAAACAGGGUAAAGAUAACGAGCGACGCCUGACGGGCUUCCAUGAAACUUCCAGCAUCCACGACUUUAGUGCCGGGGUGGCUAAUCGGGGUGCCAGUAUCCGUAUUCCACGACAAGUUGCCGAAGAGGGAAAGGGCUAUCUUGAGGACCGACGUCCCUCGUCCAACUGCGAUCCUUACUGUGUUGCAGAAGUCCUUGUCCGGACUGUAUGUCUGGAGGAAUGAUACCUUCUGCUUCUUUACCCACCUACAGACAUUCGUACUUCGUUGAAAUGAACUGUGUCGUCUGUUCUUAAAUAGAUGUCCUUCACUUCUUUUUUGUGCCCCGAUGCACCUUGAUUUUAUUCUAUCACUGAUUUUUGAUCAACGAAUUUUAUUUAUGCAAUAAAAGUAGAUUCGAUGUAUGUUAAUCUUUGGUGUUAUGUUCUGAAAACAGAAUUUAAAAGAGAUAAAAUAUUUUUAUUGUAUUAUUGACUAUACAUAAUAAAUAUAAUUUAUUCCAUGA